AUGCCCAUCCGCUACUCUUACAGAGACAUAAAGAGAAUGACAAGUGGCUUUCGCCACAAACUCGGCCAAGGUGGCUACGGUUCUGUCUACAAAGGAAAGCUCCGAAGCGGACAAACCGUGGCCGUCAAACUACUCCUCACCAAAAACUCCCGAGACAAGGGACAAGACUUCAUCAAUGAGAUUGCUGCCAUUGGCAGGAUCCACCACGUCAAUGUAGUCAAACUCGUCGGCUUCUAUGCAGGAAGAAUGUCCAACAAACGAGCACUCGUGUUGGACUUCAUGCCCAACGGCUCACUCGAGAGGUACAUCUUUACCCGCUCGGAGGAAAGUCCGAAACCUCUGAGCUGGGAGAAGAAAUACGAGAUUGCGGUUGGUGUGGCAAAGGGAAUAAAUUAUCUGCACCGAGGUUGCGACAUUCAAAUCCUGCAUUUCGACAUCAAGCCUCACAACAUACUUCUCGACGAAGAUUUCACGCCCAAAAUAUCCGAUUUUGGGCUCGCGAGACUGUACGCCACUGAGAAAAAUACGGUGACUCUCACGGCCGCGCGGGGGACGAUAGGGUACGUGGCCCCUGAACUCAUCAACAGAAGUAUAGGCGGGGUUUCGUAUAAGGCUGACGUGUACAGCUUUGGAAUGCUGCUUAUGGAAAUGGUUGGGCUGAACAGGGACAUAUUGGGAAAUGAGGACGAAUCUAGCCAGUACUUUCCGUACUGGAUUUACGAUAGGUUUGAUAAAGGCAAGGAUAUCGAGACAGGAGAAGCUUAUAUAGAAAUCGAUGAUGACGACCAUGCGAAAAAAAUAGAAAGGAAGAUGACUGUGGUUGGCCUGUGGUGCAUACGGAUGAGUCCAGCCGAUCGGCCCACGAUGAGUGAAGUGGUGAAAAUGCUCGAGACUCCGAAUACUGAGAAUGUGAAAAUCCCACCACGGCCAUCCCUGCAGCCGACUCAGAUUGUGAACUAUAGUGAUGAGACGUCGGGAACAGAACCAACAGGCUCCAUGGCAUUGUUGGGUGGUGUUAGUUCAAGUGAGACCAAUAAGGAUGGCCAUUAG